UAAAAAGUAAAUUCGGCAACGUUGGCGCGUUCUUUUGUUCAAAUUCAAAUUUAUUUUAAAAUCUAGUAGGCGAAAACAAAAAAAUAUUUACAUCAUACGUCUGUCGCUAGAAAUUAAAUUUCUCUAUUUAUCUCUAAUUAUUUGUGAAAUUCCACUUCUCCAUUAGCCAGAAAAGAUAAUAACGAGCUCAAAAUGCCUUCAAUAAACUUCAUCCAUUUGGAUAAUUUACAUUGCAGUGUCUGUAAAAGACCAGUAAAACUUGUUCCAGUCAGAUAUAUGGCUUUGUUGUACAGACCCAACUUCAGCUUCAGAGCACUUUUGAAGGUAAUGUUCAAGAGCUACAAGUUCUUCGUUUGCUCAUUGUGCUGCACUUUGGUAAGACGAGCAGCAAUACUUCAAACAGAUUACACUGAAAUGUUCAAUUGCCUUGUAUGCCGAAAGCAAGAUUGCGAUCCUUUCGCAUACCUUGAUGAUUAUGACAACCCUCUCUUUCGACCUAAAGAAGAUGUUUUGUACUUUAAAACAUUUGUGCACAAAAGAUGUUUGGUGCUUUCAGAUGGACUUCAAAAAGUCUAUAGUGUAAUCGAAUCUAAUAACUGGGCUCAACUGAAGAAGAUUGUGGCGUAUCGAAAAUUGACCUCUUACCUUUGUGCUCCGAUACUUAUCCCAACACUGAUCCCUAGACCAUUUGGUACACUUUUGCAAAAACUACCAAAACUUGAAAUAGAAGUGGAAGAGAUUGAAAGGCAGAUGAAAAUGAUUACCCUUAAUUAAAAUUGUAAUUUUUCCAGACAGAUUCUCUUGUUUUAAGGGUUAGUAUAAGAAUUAAACUUUGAGUUGAAUGUUA